CGGCAUCGGCAUCAGCAUCCUCAACUCAGGUUUUACUCUCUCUCUCUCUCUCUAGGUCUCGCAUUGAUUCCUCUCCUCCCCACCGCAUCGCCGGCGCUCCGAGCAGCACCGGCGACGAGAUGUCCUCUUCCCCGGACGAGGAUCCGCCGGCGCCGACGGAGCCCGAACGGUGGAGGGAUCUGGACAUGCUCCUCUCCCGCCCCGGCAACCUCGUCGACGCCAACUUCGCUCCCAGCCCCGGGCUGCGGGACAUGCUGGGGAGCCUCGUGGAGGUGCUGGUGGUGGGCGCCGGCGGGCUGGGGUGUGAGCUCCUCAAGGACCUGGCCCUCUCCGGCUUCAAGAACCUGCACGUCAUCGACAUGGACACCAUCGACGUCUCCAACCUCAAUCGCCAGUUCCUCUUCAGGGUUCAAGAUGUUGGGAAAUCCAAAGCUGAAGUUGCUGCAAAGAGGGUUAUGGAGCGAGUUAGUGGAGUGAACAUUGUGCCCCAUUUUUGUAGGAUUGAAGAUAAAGAGAUAGAGUUCUACAGUGAUUUCUCAAUAAUUGUUCUUGGUCUAGAUUCAAUUGAAGCUCGAAGCUAUAUCAAUUCUGUGGCUUGUGGUUUCUUAGAGUAUGACUCAGAUGACAAGCCAAUCCCCGAAACAAUUAAAUUUAUGGUCGAUGGAGGGACUGAAGGUUUCAAAGGUCAUGCUAGAGUCAUUAUACCUGGGACAACACCUUGUUUUGAAUGCAACAUAUGGCUUUUCCCUCCCCAGGUCAAAUUUCCCUUAUGUACACUUGCUGAGACUCCAAGAACUGCAGCUCAUUGCAUUGAGUAUGCUCAUCUGAUCAAAUGGAACGAGGUUCAUCCUGGGAAACCUUUUGAUGCUGAUGAUGCAGAACAUAUGCAAUGGAUUUACUCAGAGGCUUUAAAGAGGGCAGAACUUUUUGGUAUUUCUGGAGUUACAUAUUCGUUUACUCAGGGUGUUGUCAAGAAUAUAAUCCCAGCCAUUGCUUCAACAAAUGCAAUUGUUUCUGCUGCUUGUGCAUUGGAAGCUCUUAAGCUUAUGUCUGGGUGCAGCAAAACAGUGUCAAAUUAUCUCACAUAUAAUGGUAUUGUUGGAACACACAUUAACGUAAGCGAGUUUGUCAGAGAUAAAGAUUGCCUUGUCUGUGGACCUGGUACCCUUAUUAAACUGGACGCAUCGACUACCCUCUCAGAGUUCAUCAAGAUGCUUGAAGAGCACCCCAAGCUGCUAAUGUCAAGAGCUAGUGUGACGCACGAAGGAGAUAACCUGUACAUGCAGGCACCUGAAGUACUGGAGCAGAUGACGAGGCAAAACCUGGGUGUCCCAAUGUUUGAGCUUCUCAAAGGAGCGACACGCGCGACUGUGCAUGUCACCGGCAUGGCAGAGAACAACGGGAAGAAAAAAUCCUCUCUGAGGAAGCUGCGUGUUGCUUUCAAUGGUGUCGAGGAAGCUUCGAAAAUGGAUGAGAGCUCUUGAUACUAUCGCUGUGUCUCCCAAGAACUGAGCACACCGAAUUCAAAACUGCAUUGAUCUAUUUAAACGAGAAGAAUGCAUAUUAUUACUAGUCAUUACCGGGUUAAUCCAAUCAUACAUCUAGCAUCACAUUUCUAACCAUACAAAUCUGUUGUGUAUCAAAAUGUCUCGCUUAUCUGUACGCCGAAAAUGUAUCCCGAACAGGUAGACCAAUAUCAUCGCUAUAAUCAGAACUAAGCGUAGAGGUGGCGAUUGUUUGGCUUAAAUAAUUUGUGAAUAUAACU